AUGGCACUCCCGUUAUACAAGUCUGUUCGCAGGCUACUUUCGGAAUAUGUUGCAAGAUUACUAGAUCAGCAAGCCUACCAGGCUGAAGCGAAGAACCUCAUCGACUCGAGCAAAGGGAGCUCAUCUAUUGGAUAUGAGGAUACGAGCUCUUCGCUUUGGGAUGACGACAUCGGCGCUAUGCUUUCCUCAAUGUUACGAAUGGCAGGGUACACCCCCCACAUGAAUACCCGCCAUCGCGAACUUUUUGCAAGUUAUAUAGCUCCAUCGCUCGGAACUCACCCCAAGUUACUAGGCUCAAGCGAAGGCUGGAGGAGCUUCAUGACAGAUGACUUCACUCCAGUCGAGUUGAGCUGGCGUUGGUCGCCCUCUUCAGAAUUACCUUCUGUUCGUUAUUCAAUAGAGCCUAUUGGUUUAUGUGCUGGGUCAAUCCGCGAUCCUUUGAACACUGAAGCAAGUAUUGACCUCAUCGCUAAGUUAGAGAAAUGCAGCGCAAAUCUAUCGCUUGAUUGGCAUCGUCAUUUCAGCAAAACUCUUCUUGUAUCGGGACAGGAGUCCAAGCCUUGGGAAAUUGGGACUUCCAAAGUUCCUCACAGUCACCUAUCUCAAAUAUUCCUCGCAUUCGAUUUAGAUGAGAGCUCGCAGUUGAAAACUUAUUACCUACCUAUGUGGAGAGCUGCAUCAUUACAGAAAAGUACUUUGAUGGUGGUUGGGGAAUCCAUCAAGAGUCUCGCAAUCUCAUCACCCAACCUUGGUAUUGCUUUUGAUCUUAUUGCGCAAUAUAUUGACUCGUGUGCUGUUGGUAAGAAGCCCCGGAUCGAAAUAGUGAGUACGAAUUGCACUAAUUCAUCUGAUCCCUCCAUCAAAAUAUACUUGAGGUCACAUGAGACAUCUUUAAACAGUGUCAUUGAUACCAUGAAUUUGGGAGAACGGCUUGUAAACUUAGAACCUUCUUUCUUGUCUUCCCUGCAAGAGAUAUGGUGUCUUGUGUUAGGGAUCUCUCCCUCGGACGUAUCCUCUCCCCUUCCGGAAAGGACUCAUGAGACUUCGGGUAUACUAUACUAUUUCGAAAUCAAAUCCAGCUCUCCGUUUCCAACUCCUAAAGUCUACAUACCUGCGAAACAUUACGGUAAAAGUGACCACGAGGUUGCUAAAGGUCUAUCUACAUUCCUGGAGCGGAGGGGCAAGAGACUGACGAAUGGGUCCUAUUUCGACGGUGUGGCAAGUCUGUGGUAA